AAGCAAAGUACGUUCGCUGUCCCUCUUAGCCUCUUUUCACAUGCAACAUAUUCUUCAAAGUUUCUAUCUUUUCUGCAAUUUGUAGUGCACCUAAUCAUUUUUUCAUAACCUAUUCUCGGUCUUCUGUUCUUCCUGUCUACCGCCCCGCAUGUUCCAUCCCUUUAACAGCUCAUGUUCGGGCCAUCCCAGCCGUGCAAACUGCCAUUAUACCAUACCACCCUACCCUACCGUCGCGGCGCCUCCGCAGCCCGCCGCUCUCCCUCGCUCCCCUCCUCUCUCCCAGCUCGCUCGCUCUCCUGUCGUUCCAGCCGUCAGUAGCCGACCUGACCCAGUGGUGAAGUGUGGUGCCAGCCGGCUCUCACGAGAGCUCCGUUCAGUGCAGUGAGGCGCGGGUCACAGCGGUCGGUCGGAGCCGCCAGCGAACUAGCCGAGCACGGGUCGCUAGAUUUGCUACGCAAAGGAUAAAACAGAAAACAGGCAGAGCGAUUGCCGUCAUGCACCUGGUGCCGAGAGUGAGGACGCUGCUGCUGGCAAUUCUGGUGCUCCUAGUAUCGGCUGCCACAGCUGAUGUUAGUGACUUUCAGGUGGAGUCGUUAGAAGAAGCGCUGCGUCUGAGUAGAGAGGAGAGAUUGGACGAAACCACACAGGAGACACAUCACCGAGACAAGAGACAACUGUUUGGGGGCAACCGGCGAAGGAACAGAAAUCAGAACCUCUAUCCAGGCAGAAAUGGUCCUAGCAUCAUCUACCAGGGUCUGUACAUCCCGGACGCGCGUUUCAACACGUUCGCUGACGGCAUCAUCACCAACAUGGUGGCCGAGCUGCGCGCCGAUAACCUCGACCCCGUCUACUUCCGCGUCAACGGCCGAGGAUCAGUCACAGCCCAUGAGAACGUGCACGGCCGGGACAACUCCAAUAACGGGGUGGGUAUCACGGCCGUGACGGACCCGCUGGCCCGUCUGAUGGGUGCAGAGAGUGACGGAGUGGUGGCCAGAGGUCGGCGGGACGCGUCUACGGGCCGGCACAGGAACAAACGACAGCUGGCGCCGACGCGUGCCUACUCCACCGCUCUACUGGAGGGUCUGACCAACAUCAACAGGAGGGGAGACGUCGAGGUCCAGGUAGCCUCCAACAUCACAUUGGUACGCGGUCGGUGGCUGCUGGGACCUCUGAUAUACCGUGUCAACUUCUACGAGAGCCGGUUCGCGGUCCGAUCGCUGGCCACGGAGAUUCCUCCGAUUCAGAUGGACACCGUCACACAAAUCUCCUACAUCGGGGCAGACAUGGCCGACUUCGUCCUCGGAUGUCCUCUGAUGGCGUCGCUGCGUUACCGUGGAAACGUUACCACCUCUGACACGGACCGGGCAAACACAGCGCUACAUAACCUGUUCCAGUUUGACUCGUUCCUGUAUGACGCGGCCCGGGACAAGUUCAAGUCAUCCAGUCACGCUCGCCUGCCUCUGUACAGCACCACUCGCUCCGACGACGGCCACAACCGGAACAAUAACGGGGCGCUGGGUCUGCUGGGACGGAGGCGCCGCGCAGCGGACGAAAGUGAAACUACAGCUUAGAGGGCGCUCUGGUCGAGAGUCAGAGACUCGUGAGGUGGUGUGCUGUGGGGCUAUGAUAGCUCGCGAUACCGUAGAAAACGGGAUGCAUAUAAAGAAAACGGUAAAAUAACUUCAUUGGAAGACACUUAACAUGCUGACUAAGCAAAGAUUUUGACGGCAAAUGCUAUAAAAUUGGCGUUAUUUUAUGACAUUACGAACUGUUUUUGCUUACCCGAUCGAGGUGAAUGCUCUUUUAGUUAUACCUAAUCGUGGUGAUUUUACUAACGUACCUGUUACUUUUGUUUCAAGCUUUGCAAAUUAGGUCUUCAAUGUUGAUCAAUUUUUAGGCACUUGCAUGAACUUGGUAAGCGUCCCUCUACUCGAUGCUAUGUGUCACAUUAAUGUUAUUGGUUGGAUACGUUAUUUAUUCAGUCGCCGAAUUAUCGUUUUUAUUGUGACUGUUUAUUUAUGUGAGUGUGUAAUUUUGCCUAUGCCGGACAACUGUCGCGAGAUAAAUACUUAAACUCGUCAUUGCAGGUAGUGCGUAUAAAAAAGAACUUCGGCAAAUUUAUUACGUUUAAAGUCAAUUUCAGGUCAUAAGCGAUAGAUAAAGCUGUUUUCCAUACUUAAAAUGCAGUAGCUAUAGGUGCAGUAGUUCGUUUUGCAUUUGUACUACAAUAAGAAGUUCGUUUGCAUGGCUGUAAAAAACAUGGUGCAUGUGUUGACAUGAUAUGAUAACAUGAUUCAUGUUAUCUAUACCUAUGGUUGUAUGUACCUACAUUUAUUUUCACUUAUGUGUGCAGCACGCAAACAUAAGUUUGCAUAAUAUAUACACAUAUGUUAUUGCUUCAUUCGCAUGUUCUCUUCAUGAAUAUCGCAUUGUUAUAACUUGCAGUGACUUUUGCAAGCAACGCAUAAAUACGUAGCAUUGCUUAUUUGCAGUAUUAAAGAUGCAUUUAAAAACGUUAGCUUAAAUACUUCUUGUUUGAUAUGAACGCAUCUAUUUAAAUGUAACCCGCGUUGUUUAUCGAUGUUUUCGGUUUUGUAAUAUAUAAGACGUUCACUGUU